AUUAGCGCCGAGAUGCGAAGCAUAACGAAACCGCAAUAAUCCUCCAAGAGUAAGAGAUAUACCAGAGAAUGCAGUGGGAAUUCCCUGAGUGGUCAAUUGCAAAGGGUGCUGCAAGACCCGGUCUUAGUCGCUGCCCAAUGGCGGUGAUUGGGCUUUCGAGGCGAACAAUGAGGCGGACGCGUCCACGCCCAACGGGGGACUUGGUCGCAGCCGAUGCAUCGCAUCCUCAUCCGGACUGGAACCGGUGUAGAUAGAGUGUAUGCAACCGAUUCCCCAGUCGCAAGGCUGCGAGUCAGAUGUAUAAGUCCCCAGCGCGCCCAACCUUACCAUCAUCUCCAGCCUGCGAACAUCGAGUCCAGCCAACAUUGCAAUACCCUGCCGACGUGAUCAUCCCAACCCCAUCAUCAUGGCUGUGCCCAACUCGUACUUCGUGCCAGGCUUCGGCAUCUCAAGAGCCGUUAUUCAGAACGAGAUACGCUAUCAUUGCGGCCCGGAUGCGAUUGUUCGGCCCUACACCUUCCAGGGACGCGACGGAUUUCUGAUAACCACCAUUGGACCACCGCUGACCAAGGCACAAAUCGAUGAUCUAAAGCUGUCUUCCUUGGAAUAUGAGGAGAAGCAGUCUCGCAUCGCCGACGAAUCCAACGUCUUCGUAAACGCGCCCAUCCCAAUAAAUCAACGCAUAAGACGGAGUACAUGAUCGCGGCGCAAAAGACAGCCUUGAUUUCACUUCGUGCCAUGGUCUGGGAGUCCGAAGAGCAUGCGCCCUAUACCCAUGUUUCCGUUUAAUACGUUCAACCUCUUUCUCGUCAAGUAUUCUUUAGCGUGCAUUUGUCCCUGGGCGGACCGACUGAUGAAUUAUGGUAUACGGACCAUUAUGAUGUCUCGAGGCUUCGAGUUGGCGUUUCGGUUUAGUGGGAAGGAUAAUUUGGCUACCACGUUGUUGUUGACAAUAC